AUGCUCGGCGUCCUUUCGCCAUUCGCUUCCCUGACUGCGUUGUGUUUGUGGUUGGUGGAGCUCUUUGACGCGACGCUGGCAGAACCUCAGGCUGCAGCGGCAGAACUGGUGUCUCUGGCGGGGGCCCCUCCGGCGUUUCUCGUCUUGGAUCAUUUCAAUUGGUUUCCCGUCUGGAAUGAAUCGCCGACUUGCGGAGCGCCAAGCGUUCGUAGCACCGGCAGUAGAUACGGCGGCAGCGCUGCUCUGCAUGGGAGCGUUUUCCUGGGAGGAGGGGGGGCCCCCUGGCACGGGCUUGACGUGUGGGGGCUCUGUCUGCCCGUUGGAUCGAGUCAGUCCACCUGGAGGCUGUCGGAGAACAGAGGCCCCUUGGGGUCCUUUGGAGCUCGCGGAGCGCUGCAGCUUGGCAUCUACUGCCGCAUCAUUGUUGACGUUCCUCUCCUCACCUUGGCCAUGCAUCUUUCGAGGUGGCUGUAUCUUCUGGGCGAAAGCUUUGGGGCCCCCCUCAACGUUGAGGACGGCUUCACCCCUGAAGGAGGCACUUCCCCAGAGACCGCCUCCUCACUCUCCAGGCUCGCUGCAGCAGCGGCGAGCUCGGAGGUGUCUAGCCCCCCGAGCAGUGCGCCUGCGCGUGAUGGGAGACUCGCAGAGAGCUAUCAAACAUGUAGGGGGCCCCUAGGAGGUACUAAAGGGAUGCAUGUUGCUGCGUGGCUCCGUCUUGCUGCUGGCAUAGGCCCCAAAUUGUUGCGGCUCCUGCAACGGUGUCUGCUGUAUUCCCCUAUGGCAUUUUUCUUUUCAUCGACGAGGCGUCUCUAUUUCUCGGUGAUGACGUAUAUGCUGACCCGCUGGAUGUACACCGACCGCUUAGACGCGCUGUUGGGGGCCCCCUCUUCCGCAGUUAUGGGGCCCCUGUCCAAGGGGCCCCCAGAGGGGCAGGCUCUCCUCAUGUGUUUAGCUAUUCUGUGUGCUGCCGGACUCGUCGCCUCCAUCUCGGUUCUUUCUCUCCUCAAAGCAGCAGAUCUCCUCCCCUCGAGACUCCUGCAUUACACGCGGGUUCUUUCCUGCACUCAUCUCCUCCUGCAGGAGGAUGUCAAGAAGAAGUCUUCUUCGAGGUCCUCCGCCCCCGUUGAGGGAUCGAGAUCUCAGGGCGAUCCGAUUGAGGUCAGCCACGAUGAUUUCCAGCCUGGUGAUGCUACGCCUUCCUCCGCUCACUCCAAAGAGCAAGAAGUGAGCCCGUGA